AUGCCACGCAAAGGAAAGAAGAAGAAUGCCCCGCUGCAGCUUGUGGCACCGGAGCCAACAGGCGACGAGUUGGAGGCCGACAUGUUGUGGGAUCGCGUGAAGGAGGUGAAAGACAAGCCCGCUUUCAUGGACGGCUCGCUUCUGGACGCGACCCGUGCGUGCUUCGAAGGGGAGAAAGGCUGGAGCGGCACGGGCGAGGCCGCGCGGACGGCCUUUUUGGGACGGCCCCGGCACCUGGUUGUCCCCCGCGCGCAGCGCCAGUUUCUCGAGGCGGAGGUGGCGUUGAAGCAACAGAUGGAGAACAUCAAAAACAUCCAGGAGGAGGCCAGGGACUUUGAGUUGCUGAAGGGAAACGAGCGGGAAGAGGCACGGCGAAGCAGGGAGAAGGUCAACAAGGCGGCGCUGAAUCUCAUGACUGAGUUGUCUGAUGCUCGGCUGACCCUCUUGGAGGACAUGGAGGAGUUGGCGGCGGACUUCUUUGCCGAGCAGUGCGCGACGCUGCAGACGCUGACUGAACUUGCCGUGAAGGACAAUGAGGUGGAGGCGGCGUUUCUCGAGCAGGUGACGACGCAGCAACGGUGUCUCGAGGCUGAGCAGCUGUACUUCACUGGGCACGGAGAGCAUCUUGCUCUCAUGGCUGAGAUGCAGAACGAGACGAGGCGGCAGAAGGAGGAGAUGCUUCGCUCCAUUGUCCGCCGUCUGGAAAUGGGGGUUAGUGAGAUGACAAAGCUAUCCUUGGAGGAGAUGGGAGACAAAGUCCAUCAGCGGGAGGAGAUGUCGCAGCUCAUCGUGGACCUGCUGAAGGCCCAGUGGGAAGCCUCUGUGCUCGAGAAGAAGACGACAACGAUUGCUGAGCAGAGGACUGCACUGCUGCGCACGAUUGCGCUGGAGUUACAGAAGCAGCAGCUCUGCAUCAAGCGACAGAAGCAGCUUAGAGAGGAACUUAGCUCCCUGACCGCCACAGUUCGGGAGAACAACAUCCGGCUUCUCACAACGACGAGCAACGCCGUUCCAGGCAUUUCCUACGCGGCCGCACCGCCAACGAUGCCAAAAUCUCCCAACACCAUGACGGGUCUGACGGAGUUGGGGGAGGGGAAGGGUUUGGCGCUUAUGACUGUCGAGGCGCAACGCGAAUUAGAAGUGAGCGUCACGGAGCUUGCAAACUACAAGAAGGAACUUUGGUUCCUGCAACAGCAACAUCUUGUGCAGCUUAGUGGACAGUAUCAACCAGUCGAUCUAGACACUGCCUCCAGAAUAAUCACACAGGACUUUUUUUUGGACGCGGAUACGAAGGCCGCUGUUCGCUCGGUCGUGGUGGAGGCGAUGUUGCAGGUGGGCCAAAUUCUUGGCGUAUCAGACUACACCACGAACCUCCAUGAAGACGUCGGGCGCCUGUUGUUUGUGACCGAUUUGAGGGAUCUAAGGGCUAUUCAGGACUACGUGGCACGACGCAUCAACGCGCUGUUUAGUUGCACCUGCCCAACAGCCCCACCCCUUCCCUUUCCCCCUGAGGCGGCGUAUGAACAGUCGGAGAUGUAA